AUGACUCUGCGUCACUCCGGCUCACGCUCUCACGUGACUAUCGUUUCUGGCCCUUACUUUCCAUGUCCUUGUCUCAUUUUCACACCUACUCCGUAUCUUUCUGUCGCUCAGGCUCCGUCCCUGUCUCUGGGAGACUUUUCUCUUUCUCUGCAGCGCUCUCGCCUCCCUCACUCUCUCUGUCUCCAUCCCCUUCCGAUCUCGCGCCGUCUUCCUCCCGAAUGUCCAUUGCUCCCUUCAGGAUUCUUUGAGCGGGCCAAGUGGCAUAUAUCUCCUCCUGGCAUUGCUCUUUCAGAACGGCGGCCACAAGACCCGCACAAGAAGAUUGUUGCUCACCUGCCAGACACACCAAGCCAGCGAGGCUGGCUGUUUGCGUGGCAGGAGAUCAGGCAGAAAUCCGGUCCUGAUCACAAGGAACUUUGCAAGCUUGUCGAGAUCUACCUGAGCAACAUGUCCAAUUCUGGCACUGUGGAUCGCUACUUGGGACAGGUCAAGCUGCAGUCGCUCCGGCGGGGUCACAUUGCUCGUGGGGGGUUAGAGUCCGCCUUGCGUGUGACUGUGCAGGACCUGGGUGGUCGUGCAAGGAAGAAAUUGGAUCCAGCCGAGCUUUUGGUGGAAAAGGUUCCCAAGACGACAGCUGCCGGGGUAGUUGUUGCCCAGCCGGCAACCCAGUACGCGUUGCACUGCCAGAAAUUGUACUCAAUGUGGUAUGGAGACAGAUGCCUCCCAGGGAGACGGAUUGAGCCGGACAGCCAGCAACCGCAGAACGUGGCAAAGUCCCGUGCGCAAGCCAGCAAGCCACGUCUGGCGCCGCUGCGGGAAAAGAGCCAGUACUCUGAGGCUGCCCUCCUGCAGAAACACCGGGAUGCAGUGUCCAAGGCAGUCAACAAAAUCGACGAGGGUGGCGGGGGCGAAGCCAAUGGCCCAUUAGGCCCGGUGUUGCUACCUGACCAAAAGCAACGAGGUGCCAAGAGAAUCAUUUCCCAGCAGGCCUCUGCGUGUGUGGAGGUGGCCACAAAACGGAGGAUGCUCUCUCAUGCUGGAGGCGCUUCUGCGUCGUCGGCUUCUUCCAGUUCGGCUGCGCCGCCAGCGAGAUCAGUGCGAGAGGAACAACCCGCUGCUGCUGCUGCUUCUGGUGAUGCUUUUGAGAAGCAGGCCUAUGUCUUGGAGAUGAAGCGGCAGAUGGCUGAACGAAGUGUGCCAUGCGUGCCCACUCCUUACGUGGAUGCCAACGGUGGCUUAAUGCGGCCGCACCAGGGUCCUGUUGUCAAGUCCUCGGCAGCACCUCUUUUGCCUCUGGAGCCUCGGCUGCAUCGGUGCCCUGCCAUGGCCAGAGUCAAAGCACCAUCACGCUUUGUAAAGACCCCAGAAUUCCAACUGCCCGACGUCGUGCUGGUACGGGAUCCCGUGGCAGCUUGGGAAAGUUCACAAGGUCUGCUGGCACGUCUUGCUGGUGCUCGGCUGGUGAACCAGGCUUGGCUGCAGUCCCAGGCCUCUGGUGCGAAGUCCGAUGAAGGGGCACAGGUCUAUGCAUUUAAGUCGGUGAUGAAGCAUAUGCACUUCGACCUGUAUUUGAGCCCAGGGUUCUUCCUUGCAUUCCCGGAGCAUGCCUCAGUGUUCAGGGAGUGGGCCAAGCUCAGCCCGACAAUGAAGAGCAGAGGC